AUGCGUCAAAAGAUGCAACACAACAGUGGACCUCGAAGCCAGGACCUAGGGCCGCCGAAGCCUGAAGCUCCUGUGAGUGUGGCUGCAAGAUGUCACAAGGGCUUCCCCGCAGCCAUGAUUUUUAACACCAUGCCCCGGGCCAGGAGCCUCAGGGUGCUCGUUCGGGAAAAUGGGAGCCAAAUCAGGAUCACCCCAUGCGCCCCCGCACCCCGCCCCCGCCGGUUCCAAGACCAUCACAGCUACCUGUCUUUGGGGAUCCCUAAUAUAACACAUUCAGUGUUCUCCUUUCAGUCUUACUACUUUGACCGCGAUGAUGUGGCUUUGAAGAACUUUGCCAAAUACUUUCUUCACCAAUCUCAUGAGGAAAGGGAACAUGCCGAGAAACUGAUGAAGCUGCAGAACCAACGAGGUGGCCGAAUCUUCCUUCAGGAUAUUAAGAAACCAGACUAUGACGACUGGGAGAGCGGGCUGAAUGCAAUGGAGUGUGCUUUACAUUUGGAAAAAAAUGUGAAUCAGUCACUACUGGAACUGCACAAACUGGCCACUGACAAAAAUGACCCCCAUUUGUGUGACUUCAUUGAGACACAUUACCUGAAUGAGCAGGUGAAAGCCAUCAAAGAAUUGGGUGACCACGUGACCAACUUGCGCAAGAUGGGAGCACCCGAAUCUGGCUUGGCAGAGUAUCUCUUUGACAAGCACACCCUGGGAGACAGUGAUAAUGAAAGCUAAGCCUCAGGCUAAUUUCCCUAUAGCCAUGGGGUGACUUCCCUGGUCACCAAGGCAGUGCAUGCAUGUUGGGGUUUCCUUUACCUUUUCUAUAAGUUGUACCAAAACAUCCACUUAAGUUCUUUGAUUUGUACCAUUCCUUCAAAUAAAGAAAUUUGGUACCCAGGUGUUGUCUUUGAGGUCUUGGGAUGAAUCAGAAAUCUAUCCAGUCUAUCUUCCAGAUUCCUUAAGUGCCGUUGCUCAGUUCUAAUCACACUAAUCAAAAAGAAACAGAGUAUUUGUAUUUAUUAAACGCCUUAGUUUGGGCAGUAUACUAAGGUAUGGCUGUCUUGGAUUCAGACAGGAUUAAGGGUUCCUGACUCUCAAUCCAGUGUCUGAGCUAAAUGUUUCCGAUGGUUCAGUCUAGCUUUCAUAAUUUUUAUGAAUGAAAGGCAUUAAAGGCU